AUGUUGAUCGCCGGUCGACUGUCGCUGGCUCGCGAAAUCGCGAAUUUCCGCGACGGGUGUUCUGAUUACUACCAAUCAACAGACAGCGUCUGGUUAUCGAACAAAGAACGCGCUGAAAUUCAAAAACACCAGGAAGAAAUACGAAGUCGAAAACACGCCUCACGCUUAUCAAAAAAAGUAACCCUUGAUUUGUACGGGCGUCAGGUUAUUGACGAGCCUGAAAAUUAUGAUAAUUUGCCAUUACCUCAGCAAAGUCAAGCUCAAAGCUUCAACGAUGUUGUUUGUCCUGACUUGGAGUUCGAACUUCCUCAGUACGUAGAAACAAAUAAUAUUCUGAAGAAUAUAUCAAACAAUUCAAACGCUUCGACGACUAUCCGUCGAAUUCAAGAUAAAGAACUUCUGGACAUGGUUGAUGAAGGCUACUGCCUUUCUAUGCAUCAACCAUAUGCUUCUCUUCUAGUCGCAGGAAUUAAAAUAAUAUGGUACUCUGCACACCGAGGACGGUUGUGGAUUCACGCUGCGGCUAAAGUUGUUUCCAAAGAAGAAAUCACUGCUCUGGAAGAUCACUACAAAAAUUUUAAUGAAAAUUAUAUCUUUCCAAAAACAUACCCAGCUGGUUGUCUCAUCGGCUGUGUGACUGUCGUUGACGUUCUCCCCCAAGAUGAAUACCGUAAAAUUUACCCCGACGGUGAUUCAGACUCACCUUAUGUGUUUAUUUGUCAAGAUAGUCGUGAAUUAUCUUUGAAAUUUCCCAUGCAAGGAAAACAUAAAAUAUAUAAACUGGAUAAACAAAUUCACAAAGCUGCUUUGAAGCAUAUAUAA